AUAAAUUUGAAAGCCAUCAUAUAUGCAUCAUUGUUUGUAAACAAAUUUAUGAGACAAUGAUACCUCAUUCUAUUUACUUGUUACAAUCCUGACCAUAUGAGCAUUCGCAAUAACUGGUGAAUCGAACAAGUAGUGGGGUCUUUCUCGCGGAUGUUGAUUACUGUUUUGGUGAAUGUCGCUAAAACUUACCCGGUAAACUUAUAAAAAACAUAUUGCGUUUAUGAAGCAUAAAAUAUAAAAGUGCAUUACAAUUAUUUACAACAAAAGUUAGAGUAUUUCGAUAUUAGUGUCAUUAUAAAAUAAGUGCGGAUAUCGCGAUAAAAUAUUAUUGUUUUGUGAAUCUACUAGCAUAAGAGAGAUAAGGAGAGUGUAGAGUGUAUGCGAGUGCAUUUAACAUACUCACACAAUUGGUAUAUUCGGCAUGUUCGUGUACAAUGGCAACCUUGACACUUGGUGAUCGUUUUUGGCGGCUUCGUCCCGCUUCUACUGAAAUCGUGUUUGGUAGGAUCGCGUCGCGAGUGAAAGCAGCAGUGGCCAUUCUGUAAAAUCUUUAAGAGUUUGGCAGUAAAGAAUCAUUAAAACAUUUCGCGCUUCAGAUUAUAAUAUCUCAUUAUUCUGUUUAUUUUCGUGAUUGUAGUUUCGUUCGUGAAAAUGUUCGUAUAAACUAUUGUUCUUAAAGGAAACAUAUCACACAACAAAAUCACAUCAAAUAUUUUGCGCAUAUAUUGGAAAUUAAGAGAAAUAAACAGUUAAGUGCUAUAUAUAAAAUAACUAUUACGUAGUUCAUACAUAAAACAUCACGUGAAGUUAAUAAAAAAAAAUAAAAAAGGACAAUGUUUAUGUGAAUAUCAAGAGUGCUCGACUAUUUUACAUAUUAUAAAUCAAAUACUACUUCUAUAAAAUAGAAAAAAUGGCACAAUUAAAGCAACAACUCCCACUUCAAAUGCCAGAUUUAAGUAGUCUUCGUAUAACUACAGCUGUUUCUAUGCUUGGUAAAGCAUAUGGAUGUGGACAAUGUAGUGCUCCCCCACCUGGACCCACAACAAGUUCUUCUGUUGGAGCAGCUGGAGCAACUGGAAGCAGUGUUGUAGCUUCUAGUUCUUUAGGGCUUGUUUCCACACAACAAACACACACUCCUCCUCAACCUCCUGAACUGCCAAUGUUUUCAUGUCCUCGGAGACCAAAUAUAGGACGUGAAGGCAGGCCAAUUGUCUUAAGAGCUAAUCACUUCCAAAUAACAAUGCCACGUGGUUAUGUGCACCAUUAUGAUAUUAAUAUUCAACCUGAUAAAUGUCCUCGUAAAGUUAAUAGAGAAAUAAUAGAAACAAUGGUUCAUGCAUAUACCAAAAUAUUUGGAACUCUUAAACCUGUAUUUGAUGGAAGAAAUAAUUUAUAUACAAGGGACCCCUUGCCUAUUGGUACUGAUAAAAUAGAAUUAGAAGUAACACUGCCUGGUGAGGGUAAAGAUAGAGUUUUCAGAGUUGUGAUAAAGUGGUUGGCUCAAGUUUCACUAUUUGCAUUAGAAGAAGCUUUAGAAGGACGAACAAGACAAAUUCCAUAUGAUGCUAUACUUGCUUUAGAUGUUGUAAUGAGGCAUUUACCAUCUAUGACAUAUACUCCAGUAGGUAGAUCAUUCUUUAGUACACCAGAUGGAUAUUAUCAUCCAUUAGGUGGUGGAAGAGAAGUUUGGUUUGGUUUUCAUCAAUCAGUUAGGCCAUCUCAAUGGAAAAUGAUGUUAAAUAUUGAUGUAUCUGCAACUGCAUUUUAUAAAGCACAACCUGUCAUAGAAUUUAUGUGUGAAGUAUUAGACAUUCGAGAUAUAGGAGACCAAAAAAGACCUUUAACAGAUUCUCAACGAGUUAAAUUUACCAAAGAAAUUAAAGGACUUAAAAUUGAAAUCACACAUUGUGGAACAAUGAGACGAAAAUACAGAGUGUGUAAUGUUACACGUAAACCUGCUCAAAUGCAAUCAUUCCCGUUACAAUUAGAAAAUGGACAAACAGUUGAAUGUACAGUUGCAAAAUAUUUCUUAGAUAAGUAUAAAAUGAAGUUACGUCAUCCAUAUCUUCCAUGUCUUCAAGUUGGACAGGAACAUAAACAUACAUAUUUGCCACUUGAGGUCUGCAAUAUUGUUGCUGGGCAACGUUGUAUCAAAAAAUUGACUGAUAUGCAGACUUCUACUAUGAUAAAAGCUACAGCUCGUUCUGCUCCAGAUCGCGAAAGAGAAAUAAAUAAUUUAGUUAGAAGAGCUGAUUUUAAUAAUGAUUCAUACGUUCAAGAAUUUGGUUUGACAAUAUCAAAUAAUAUGAUGGAAGUUAGAGGUCGUGUUCUACCUCCACCCAAACUUCAGUACGGAGGGCGCGUAAGUUCCCUCAGUGGACAGACAAAACAACAAGCUAUACCUAAUGGUGGUGUUUGGGACAUGCGUGGAAAACAAUUUUUCACGGGUGUGGAAAUUAGAGUUUGGGCAAUUGCCUGCUUUGCUCCACAAAGAACUGUGCGAGAUGACGCAAUACGUAAUUUUAUAGCACAAUUACAAAGAAUAAGCAAUGAUGCUGGAAUGCCAAUUAUUGGGCAACCAUGUUUUUGUAAAUAUGCUACUGGCCCAGAUCAAGUAGAGCCCAUGUUUAGAUAUUUAAAAGCAACAUUUUCAUCAUUGCAACUUGUUUGUGUUAUAUUACCUGGAAAAACGCCUGUAUAUGCUGAAGUUAAAAGAGUAGGAGAUACAUUAUUGGGUAUGGCAACGCAAUGUGUACAAGCAAAAAAUGUUAAUAAAACAUCACCACAAACGCUAUCAAAUUUAUGUUUGAAAAUUAACGUAAAAUUAGGUGGUAUUAAUAGUAUUCUAGUACCCACUAUUAGACCAAAAGUAUUUGAUGAACCUGUUAUAUUUUUUGGAGCUGAUGUGACUCAUCCACCUGCUGGAGAUAAUAAAAAACCUAGCAUAGCUGCAGUAGUUGCCAGUAUGGAUGCUCAUCCAUCUCGAUAUGCAGCUACUGUUAGAGUUCAACAACAUAGACAAGAAAUUAUUCAGGAACUUAGUUCAAUGGUGAGGGAACUUCUUCUUAUGUUUUACAAAAGUACUGGAGGAUAUAAACCGCUUAGGAUAAUUCUUUAUCGUGAUGGUGUCUCAGAGGGUCAAUUUCUUCAUGUUCUGCAACACGAGCUAACUGCCAUUCGCGAAGCUUGUAUUAAACUUGAAGCUGAAUAUAGACCUGGUAUAACAUUUGUUGUCGUCCAAAAGAGACAUCACACUCGCUUAUUUUGUUCAGAAAAAAGAGAUCAAAGCGGUAAAAGCGGAAAUAUACCAGCGGGUACGACAGUUGAUGUUUGUAUAACGCAUCCAACUGAAUUUGAUUUUUAUUUAUGUAGUCAUCAAGGUAUCCAGGGCACAUCACGACCAUCACAUUAUCAUGUUUUAUGGGAUGAUAAUCGUUUUGAAAGUGAUGAAUUACAAUCUCUAACCUAUCAAUUAUGUCACACGUAUGUCAGAUGUACGAGAUCUGUUAGUAUACCUGCACCUGCAUAUUAUGCUCAUCUUGUAGCAUUCCGAGCCAGAUAUCAUUUGGUAGAAAAAGAGCAUGAUAGUGGAGAAGGAUCUCACCAAUCUGGCUGCAGUGAAGACAGAACACCAGGUGCAAUGGCAAGAGCUAUCACAGUUCAUGCAAAUACAAAACGGGUUAUGUAUUUUGCAUAAUUCUCUUUUGAAUUGUUCUUAUACACAUGCAAUUGAUACAAAAAAUAAUAAUCAUCAUAUCUUAUGAAGAUAUUUCUAGACUAUUUAAAUAUUAGAUAAUCUUCUUGAGUGGUCAAUUUUUUUUUGCUUAUUUUUAUAAUCGAAUAUGUCGAAAAUAUACCUAAAAUAUGUCAAAUAAUUUUUUAUUAAGCUUGGUUUUUUCCUUUUUUUAUGUUCUAUUUAAUAUAUUGUCGAUUAGGUUUUAGGCAAAUUUUCUAACAUUUUAGUAAGUAGGUAUUAAAAGAGGUGCUUUUAGUUAAUCAUGUUUUAGAUUGAUGCAGCUUGACCGGUGUGUCGUUUUGCGAUAAAGAUCACACGAAUAAAUAAUAUAAGAAAUCAGCUGCCGUGGAUAUUACGCUUAUUUCUUUUUUUUAGAGGUUAAAUUUCCUCUAGCAUUUGUAGAAUACAAAAAUAUCACAUUAAAACAUAAAUUCAUGAUUGUAUAAAUCGCUUUGCAAGACUGUUAUCUUGUUGUUUAUAUGUAGUUAUAUCAUUUGAUCAGUCAUUUUUUAUAUAUAUAUAUAAAAAAAAAGAAAAAAAAGAAAAAAAAAAUUAGAUUUUCAAGUCAUAUGAGGAUAAAAUAUUAGCAUGUAUAGCCUAUCUUCAUGCUUAGCAUAUUUGUUAUUAUGCAACUAUAAUUCUAUCUUAUGACACUAUGAUUCUUUAUAAAUAUCAUAUCUUUUAUGUCUAUCAUAUUUAUCAUAAGCAUUAAAAAAUUUGGCCACAUCAAGUAAUGAAUUGUCAAUCAAGAAAAUAUAUCUAAUUUAAUAUUAAGUAAAUUGAAAAUCCAAAAGUACAUGUUUUAUUCUAUUUGGUUUAAUUGCACAGGUACUAUUUUUUGCAUGUGAAACGAGAAUUAUGAUAUAGCUUGAACUGUGGUACUUUAUUCAUAUCAACUAUACAUUAACAUAACAUUUUGACAAAGGUAAAUGAAUACAUACCUUUUAUCUGGUGUUUCAAAUACGCAACAUUAUCUCUUCAGGCAAAACAAGUACUUUUAAGUGAAAUCUUUAUGGCAUUAGAUUCGGGUUGAUAACUAACGCCCCAUCAACGCAGAAAAUAAUUCAAAUAAGAAUAGAAUAGGGAUAAUUCAACUAAUGCAAAAUAAAUCAGAAAUAUAAUGUGAAAUUAUUAGGAUAAGAUUUGUUUUAUUUGUUAUAAAACAAAAAUUUUAAGGUCCUCAAGUUUUAUUUAAAAAAAUUCAUCGUUUAUGAUUCAUCUACAAAUUGAAUCUAUUUAAAAGGAACAAUAAUCUUAAUUGAUACAAUAAUUGUAUUAAGAGCCUUGCAAGUAAUUACAAUCUAGAGGCAAUAGAUAGGAUAAUAAAAUGUAUAAAUAUGUAUUGAUGCCGUGCCCCAUAAAUUGUUUAUUAUAUAUUGUUAGAAUCAUUAAUACACUAAAAAAAAUUUUUAUGAUUUUCAUUGUUUUACACAUAAAAUUUAAAUAUUACGCAAUCUUUUAAAAUUAUAAUUUUAUUUUAUUUAAUAAAAAACAGUAUUAAUAAUCACUAAAUAUCAUAUCAUUAAAUGAUUGAAUAAAAUAAAAGAUUGUGAAAUUCAAGUUCUUGAUAAAUAUAUUCAAAUGAAAUUUUACAAAUUUGAUUUAAUGUAAAAAAAACAAUUUAUAAAUAGACAAUAAAAACAAAAAUUUUAGUCUAAUGUUUGAUAUUUUAAUAAAGAUUCUAAACAAAAUAAGAGAAAAAUCGUUUUAAAACUAUUAAUAUUAGUAAAAUUUGGAUAAUAGUGUAAGUUGAUAUUUAAAAUUUGUAGAACUUUGUGCAUUAAUGAUUCUAAUUUUAGAUUUACAAGUGAUACAAUGUUAAUAUUAUCUUGGAAAGUAUGAAAAGGACCUUAAUCUAUCAAUAAUAUUUAUUCUAGUUAUAAAUUUAAGUCCAUAAUGUAGACUAUCACUUAUAACAUUUAAUACCUAGUUUCUGACUUUGUGACAGAUUAGGUAACUUGUUAUGUAUGGUUUGAGUAAAAGAGUGUAAUUCUUGAAUACUGUUUACAAGAACAGUUAGGCAGAUGAAUCAAUUUCAAACAAUUGAAGGCAGCAGAUAAGCAAAUGCAAAUAUUAAAAUCGGUAUGCAAAUUGAAAAAAAAUUGCAAUUUCCGAUUAAUGAUUAAAAAAAUAAACAAAAAUUUAUUGUCCGAAAGGGUGUGAAGGUACCAAAAUAUAGAAUGCGAAAAUAAUGCUUAAAUAAUGAUGAAUUACGAAUCCAUUUUAAUCGUAAUAAGGUCGACGAUUAGAAUUAAGUCAAUCUAACUAUUGCAGAACAUUGCAGUGUAAAUAUAUAUAUUCGGUGCGCAAGUAAAUACCAAAAUUGAAAAGAUAUCGAAGAAAUAACAAACUAAAACAUUGUCAUGAAAUCAUAUAAUUCAAGAAAAGCAUUCAUUAUUCAAUUACUCACAUUUCAUAUCUCAAAAUAAAUAAUUCGUUACGUAGUGAUAUUUUUCCUUCAAAGUUUGUGAUGGCAUUUGAUAUUUUCCUGCGCCCGAUCAAAAACUAGCCUCCAUUUGUAAAUAUACCUCAGUAAUUUAUCUAUACAUCACUAUCCCAUUUAGUAAAUAAUGCUCGAUGGGCAAUAGGUGGAAUGGUUACAAAGAUUUUUGUAAUUUUUAUUUUAAUUAGAUGAAUUAAGAUAUUAGUUAUAUAUAUAUAAAUAUAUAUAUAUAUAUAUUGUUUAUUGAUCUUUUAAAUCUCGUAUAAAAAAUUGCACUGAAAAGAAAAAAAUACCGAUUGGAGUUCAGUUUUGAUAAUAUACAUGAAUUUAUGCAGCGCGUCGUAAACUUGUACCUAAAAAAAGCACGUGGCAAUUUAAAAAAAAUCUUCAAAGAAACGGGUUUAUGAAAUAAACAUUACUUAGUGCGUAAUAAAAAUAACCGGGUCUAUUCACAAAGCAGAAGAGUUUACUUCCUACCACGAGUCCCAGACAUUUUAAUAUAAGGCAAAUAAUUUAUAUUUGUAUAUCUAUAUUAUAAAUAUUAUGUAUGUAUAUAUGUGUGCAUAUAUAUAUAUAUCUUAGCAUACAUAUAUAUAUGCAUAUGUGAAGAUUAACUGUAUUGCAUUUGUUAACAAAUGCCGUGUGCAAA